AUGCGUCAUGUGUAUAUCAAAUACAGCAGAAGAGCGAAGCUUUACUAUGUCCGCCUUUAUGGUUUUAAGUUAGUGUCUGGUUUAAUCGAGUAUCACAAACGGCACAAAAUUCCAAUCGAUGAAGAGAAAACUAUAAUAAAAAGGGCAAUUAAAAAAGCUGACUGGCAACUGAACCACGAACAAAUUAUCAAAACAAAAAGGCUGGGCUCGGGAGCAUUUGGCGACGUCUACAAGGGUAUCCUCAGAAGCGGAUUAAUCGACAAAAAAGAAGUUGCCAUUAAAACGAUCAACGGAUCGAUCUCAGCUGAAGAAAACGAGAAGUUGUUCCAGGAAGCGAUGUUAAUGAAGACCUUGGUCCAUCAGAAUGUGAUUCAACUGAUUGGUGUCGCCUCGAACGAAGAACCUGUAAUGAUUGUUAUGGAAUUGGCUCCUGGUAAAGUUUGGAGGAGCCGUACUCGACGCCGUGCAAGCAAAGCCUGGCCCAUCAACGUAUAUCCGAAUAAAAUAUUGUCAUGGUGCUGCCCAAGGGCUAACGUAUCUCUCUGGGAAGGGAUAAUUCACCGUGAUAUCGCUGCAAGGAACACGCUAAUCGGUAAAGGUAACGUAGCGAAAAUCUCCGAUUUUGGUCUCAGUGUACUGGGUGCCCAGAAGAAAGAGAAAACUCUCAAGAAGGUACCAGUCCGAUAUCUGGCUCCAGAAACUCUACAAACGCGAAGUUAUUCAACAAAAACAGAUGUGUGGACGUUUGGCAUUUUCAUGUGGGAGGUGUUUCAUGAUGGGAUGACACCCUACGACGAGUUCCCCAAUACAGCAGCAAUAAGAAAGUUUGUCCUUGCCGGAAACAGGCUCAACAACGAAUCGGAUAGAUAUCCUGAUUACUUAUGGACUCUGACCCAGGUAUCUCACCAUAGCAGGAGUGGCUGGACGCAAAUGGGCCUAAGAAUGCGGCACCCAACAUUCCAAGAAAUUACCACGGCUAUCGAAACGCAAAUGGAGGAAUACAAUGAAGCCGAAGCACCUUUUUGGAAGUUCUGGAGUUGA